GCGCAGGCGCGUUGGUUUCCCGACCUGAAGAGGCGCCGUCUUCCCGGGUCCCGAGCACUCUGUGCCGGAGAUGGAGUCUCACUCUUGUCACGCAGGCUGGAGUGCAGUGGCGUGAUCUCAGCUCACUGCAACCUCUGCCUUCUGGGUUCAAGCGAUUCUUCUGCCUCAGCCUCCGGAGUAGCUGGGACUACAGCCACGUGCCAUCAUGCCUGGCUAAUUUUUGUAUUUUUAGUAGAGAUGGGAUUUCACCAUGUUGGCCAAGCUGGUCUCGAACUCCUAACCUCAAGUGAUCCACAUGCCUCGGCCUCCCAAAAUGCUGGGAUUACAGGUGUGAGCCACUGUACCUGGCCGUUCUUUGUGGGUUUUUUUCAGUUGUUGAUUUUCUUUUUUUUUUUGUAAGAAACAAAGCAUUACAGAUAAAGCUGAAGUAUCCUGGGUAUCCUUCCCCAGUCUUAUUUCCCUCUCUUCUCAGAUAUGUACACAUUUGGUGCUUAUUGUCCCAUGUGUUAAUAGAUUUUUGUAGGUGUUAUCUACCUGUUUUUAAAUUUUAUAUAAAUAUUAAACAGUAAGUCAUUCUAUAACUUAUUUUUUGCCCAGUAAUUAUGUUUUUGCAAUUUAUCUCUGUUAACAUGAGAUAAUGUAUAAUAUUCAUGUUUGUAUAUAUAUUCACAAAUCCUUUAUCUGAUUAACGGACAUUGAAGUUGUUUGCAGUUUAUCACUAGUGAUCUUCUCCCCAGUGACUUGUAAUGCCACCUCAGUCAUACAUCAGGCUUCCCUAAUGUUUGGAUAUGUUUUCGGAUUUUCUGUUCUAGUCUAUUGGUCUGUAAUUGAUGUGGCUAUCUUUUCAUGAAAAUAAAUCAUGAUAGCAUACAAGUUAAAACCUCCCAGGCAGACAUGGAUUCAAGUUCUACCUCAGAUUCUUACAAAGCCUUAAUUUCCUAAUCUGUAAAAUAGUGCCUACCUUAUUGAUUUAUGAGGAUGGAGUUAAAUUAGCCUUAUAAAAAGCACUUAGCACAAUACCUGGCAAAUAGAAAAUACUCAAUAAUGCUAGCUGUUAUUAAGAUGAUGGGUUUUUUUUGUUUGGGUUUGGUUUGUUUGAGAUGGACUCUCACUCUGUCGCCAGGCUGGAGUGCAGUGGCACGAUCUUGGCUCACUGCAACCUCCACCUCCCAGGGUCAACCAAUUCUCCUGCCUCAGCCUUCCAAGUAGCUGGGACUACAGGCACACGCCACCACGCCCAGCUAAUUUUUUUGUAUUUUUAGUAGAGACGGGGUUUCACCAUUUUGGCCAGGAUGGUCUCCAUCUCUUGACCUUGUGAUCCACCUGUCUCGGCCUCCCAAAGUGCUGGGAUUACAGGUGUGAGCCACCAUGCCAGGCCAAGAUGAUGUUUAAUAGUGUUCCAUUGUAUGUAUGGACUGGGCCAUAAAUUAUUUAACCAAGUCUCCAGAUGUUUAAGGUAUUCCAAAUUUUUGCUGCCUUGUUGAAAAGAUUAAAUGAGAUAAUACAUAUAAAGUGCUUAGGAAGUGCCCUGGAACAUAGCUGUCAAUAAGGGUUAGUGUUAAUGAUGAGUCAUAAAAAGCUGUGUAUAUAUUAUUACUUAUUUCCUAGUAUAAAUUCCUAGGAGAGAAUUGCUGGGUCAAACAGUAUGUUUCAAGGCCCUUGACAUAAGUCACAGUGAUUUUUCUAAAGCACAGAUGUGAUGACAUGUCCACACCCAAAUCCUUCAGUAAUCUCCACGCCUGUGGAGAAAGGGUCAUGCAAAGCUCUCCUCGAUGAAACUGGCCUCUACCUCUUUUCCCUUGUCUUCCCCACAGCACUACUCACGGCCUAGACUUCUACCAUUCUAAGCUAAUUUUUGUUGUUAAUCCUUUCCAUAUAAAGACCUGCCUCCUUCUUUUUGAAAAACCUCAAGAUUUAGAAUGUUCUAGCUCCUCCCACAAAUGAAAACUUAGCUUAGAUCCCACUCCUGUCAAGAAAGCGGCAGUGUUCCUCCUUCCGUCCCUCCCUGCUGGGUUAGGUGAGCCUCUGAGGUGCUCUCAUGGAUUGCUGUGCAUAUCACUUUGCUGCUCUUAACGCAUUCUGGAGUGAAAUAUUAUUUCGUUUACUUGUUUGUUCUCUGUGCUAAGCUAUAGCUUCUGGAGGACAAAGACAGUGUCUGACAGUUUUUCUGCGCUUGAUAUAAGUAGUUGGUGCUGAAUAAAUGCUGGUUGAAUAGAAGGAUGAAUGAGUCACAAGAAGCAGUAACCAUAUCCCCUUGACUGUUGGAGAAUGGACUCUGCCCUUGUCCACAAGGAGAGUACACAGGAGAGAAUGGCUGCUGUGUCUCCAACCACCAGAUGCCAGGAAUCAGUGACAUUCGAAGACGUGGCUGUGGUUUUCACAGAUGAAGAGUGGAGUCAUCUGGUCCCCAUACAGAGGGACCUCUACAAGGAGGUGAUGCUGGAGAACUAUAACAGCAUUGUGUCAUUGGGCCUUCCAGUUCCUCAACCUGAUGUGAUUUUCCAAUGGAAGAGAGGGGACAAGCCGUGGAUGGUAGAUCUUCAUGGGUCUGAGGAGAGAGAAUGGCCAGAGAGUAUCUCUCUAGACUGGGAAACUAAGCCUGAGAUUCAUGGUGCUUCAGACGAAAAAUCAGAAGGAUCAUUGAGGGAAUGCCUUGGAAGGCAAAGUCCUCUGUGUCCUAAAUUUGAAGUUCAUACACCCGAUGGCAGGAUGGGAACAGAAAAGCAAAGCCCUUCAGGGGAGACUCAUAAGAAAUCCCUCUCCCGGAACAAAGGCUUGCGGCGAGGGUCAGCCCUGCCCAGGGAAAUUCUCACUAAAGAGAGACACCAGGAAUGCAGUGACUGUGGGAAGACCUUUUUUGACCACUCAUCCCUCACCCGCCAUCAGAGGACUCACACUGGGGAGAAGCCCUACGACUGCCGCGAGUGUGGGAAAGCCUUCAGCCACAGGAGCAGCCUCAGCAGACAUCUGAUGUCACACACUGGGGAGAGCCCCUACGAGUGCAGUGUGUGCGCAAAAGCCUUCUUUGACCGCUCGUCCCUAACUGUCCAUCAGCGAAUUCACACUGGAGAGAAACCCUUUCAGUGCAACGAGUGUGGAAAAGCCUUUUUUGACCGUUCAUCCCUUACUCGACACCAGAGAAUUCACACUGGAGAAAGUCCUUAUGAAUGUCAUCAGUGUGGGAAAGCCUUUAGCCAGAAAAGCAUCCUUACUCGCCACCAGCUAAUCCACACUGGCAGGAAGCCUUAUGAGUGUAACGAGUGCGGGAAAGCUUUCUAUGGUGUCUCGUCACUGAAUAGACAUCAGAAAGCUCAUGCUGGAGACCCUCGCUAUCAGUGUAACGAGUGUGGCAAAGCUUUCUUUGACCGCUCAUCCCUUACACAGCAUCAGAAGAUCCACACUGGAGACAAGCCAUAUGAAUGCAGCGAGUGCGGGAAAGCCUUUAGCCAGCGGUGCCGGCUCACGCGGCAUCAGCGUGUCCACACGGGAGAGAAGCCCUUUGAAUGCAGUGUGUGUGGGAAAGUUUUCAGUUCAAAAUCUUCUGUUAUUCAACAUCAACGGCGUUAUGCCAAACAGGGAAUAGACUGAGUUGGGCAAAAGCUUGGGUAGGACAAGACUUCCAUACAAAUUUGAGAUAGAUCUCCCCUAUCUUAAAGCUGCCAUUUGCUCAUUCUACCCACUCUGGCUGCCGUUGUCCUGUCCUGCUUCUGCGCCAGAGCGUUUAAUAAGCACUCCCUUCCUGCUGUGUUAUAGAACUGUAGGGGAGGCCAUGGAAAUGACUCUAAAAAUACAAAAUUUUGAAGAGGUUUGUCAGACAAUAGGAUAGAUGUUAGGAAGAGACACACUUCUUGUCUGAGACCUAGGCCCCAGGUAUCACUGCACUUGAAGAAACUGGAGGCUGCAACAGGAGGGAAAGGCAGAAUGAUAUCAGAGCAGUACUAUUUUUUUUUUUCAGAACAGUUGUUUUGAUGGCUGUUAGUCCCCCUCUCUUGGAGCUUUUUGGGACACUAAUGUUGUUCUCUUGUGUCCCAGCUUUUAGAUCUCUUACUUCCACUGCUAGUAGCUAGUACUUACUGAGCACCUGCGAUGAGGUAAAGACUCAGCUAAGGAUUUUACAGGAAGUAGAUUAGUUGAUCCUGUCACCAACCAUAUGAAGUAGGCAGUGUUACUACCUGCAUCUCCAGAUGAGCACCCUGAGGUUUAGAGAGAUUAAAUAACUUGCCCAAGGUGAACCAGCUGGUAAAAGGUGAUGCCAGGUCUUGAAGACAGGUUCACCUUCAAAGUCUAUUCUCUUUACCAUUAUGCUCGAUGGUUUGUUUGUUUUAUAAUUUAUGUAUAUGUAUUAUCCUCUCAGCUAGAUUGUAAGCACUUGGAGGUGUGACUUACAGGUCUUUGUAUCUCACACAGUGCCUUGCUAAUAGGUGCUCAAUAAAUAUUUAUAUGAGUGAA